AAAUAAUGUAAGGUUAGAUAUGAGGUCAACAAUUUAAGAAUAUUUUAUUACUAUCAAGGUCAAAAGUGUAUCUUAGUUAUCUUUUACCAACAAAUUCCUACUUUUGUAAACAAUCCGAAUAGGGUGUGUACUUGUAGUUUAAACUGAACAGUCUCGGUAAAAAUGGCUCACUGCAAAAUAUGGUUAGAUAACUACCACACUGGUCAAUAUUAUCCUGGCAGUCAAAUUCAAGGGAAAGUUGUCUUGAAUUUCAGUAGUGAAACUACAUUAAGAAAUGUGAAAGUGCGCAUGAUUGGUCAUGAGCACACAGAAUGGACAACUACAGAAAGCUAUACAGAACCUGGCAGUAAUGAAUCAAAAACAAGGGAUGUGACAGUACAAUCAGACAAUUAUGUUGUCUCUACGGAAGUAAUUUUGCAUGGCGGACAUUCUGGAACAACUAAACUUCCAACUGGUCAACACAUGUAUCCAUUUAGUUUGAUACUACCCAAUAAUAUUCCUUCUACAUAUAAUUGUCCAUAUGGAAGCAUCACUUACAAAGUUAUUGCUAUUGUUGAUCGACCGAUGGCUUUUGACUAUGAAGAUACAUUUAUUUUCAUUGUUGUCUCGUUGGUAGAUCUGAAUUACCUUCAAAAACCUGACUUGCUGCAACCCACAAACUUCUCAGAUGAAAAAACAAUAUGCUGCUUUUGUUGUGCAGAGGGUCCAAUCAGCAUGGAUGUUUCUAUUCCAAAAAGGACACUAGUACUGGGAGAAGUUAUAAAUAUUGCAGUUAGAAUUUCUAAUAUGUCCAAUACUAAUGUAGAAGGCCUGGAAUUGAAACUAAAACAGUUAAUUACCUGUAGGCAGACGGCAUCUGCCGAAGUGAAAACAGUUGAGAACUUAGCGGCAGACAUAAACGAAGUUGGAGUAGGAGCCCAUGGAGAACAUACGUUUACAUUACCAGUGCAGUUACCGAGUAGUUUUUCAGUUCCAAACUUUACGCAGUGUAAAUUGUUUAAAGUAAACUAUACAUACAAGAUAAUUGCCAAACUUCCGAACGUUCACAGUAACCUAGUCAUCGAAAGUUCUAUAGAAGUAGGAAAUAUCGACAUAAACCAGCAAGCACCAAUCGGAGGCUUUGGUAGCCCUAAUCCUACUCCAUAUCCAAUCGGUCCUUCUUAUCCCAUUAAUCAGCCUCCACCAACGAACGGUGCCGGUUGGAACGGUGGUCCACAGUAUCCUCCUGCAGGUCAAUUUCCUCCUGGCGCUUAUACUCCAGCCCCAACACAACCAUUCCCACAAUCUUCUGGGGCUUAUCCACCUCAGGGUUAUCCGUCAGGUGCAUAUGGGGCCGCUCCUACAAUAGAAUACUCUGGAAAAGCACAAGAAGCAGCUGGGUAUCCUUCGGCACCUUCAGCUCCACAAACGGAACAACUUCCUCCCUCGUACGAUAGCAUCCACCCGCAAAAGUAAGAUUUGAGCUGCCGAGACUAUUGUGAAGACUCAGGUACACAAAAUUGCCUUAUAUUUUGUUAUUUUAAAUGUUGGAUGACAUACUCAUAGGAUUUAAGAUGUAAAAUUCUGUGUUCAAUAUUUUUGUAAUCGAUAUUAGUUUGUAGACUGUUUUUAUUAAAAAAAAAACUGAAUCCUGAUUUACAGAUGACCAAAGAAAUUAAACAGAAAAUAUAUUUCUGGUUGUAUUCAGCUAAGAUGUAAAAAAUCGACACCAUUGCAGCCAUUUUGUUACGUUUAUAUUCUGAGAAGGUACAUGUAUGUUUUAACUAAAAUAAAAUCUAUUCUGGCCCGUAAUCUUUAAAUUUUUUCAGUUACUUCACGUUUUUUUUUUUAACUCCGGGAACUUCUGCGUUUUAAGGAGACUUUUUAAAACCAACUGCUUCUGGAAAUAUAUUUCAAUAUAUUUUCUUUUAAAUUAAUAGUUGUCUUCAUUGUUUUAGAUCAUUCAGAAAAAUAUGCAUUUAACUCAAUAUUACUGCACUCACAAGAAGAAGAAGAACUGGUCUUUCUGUAUUCUUUACAUUUCAUUGCGUUGGGUUUUUUGGAUACUGGGAUGAACACAGAUAUUACCGAGUAUCGUAGAUUUUGUUGAAUAAUUCUACUAGUUUAUCAAUGUUUUUCUCUGUUAGUAGUCUUAAUAUUUCUGUAUGUAUUUUAGUCGGUUCCCUGACUUUACCAUUUUUUAGUGUUUCUUUAUUUCCCCGUAGCAAUUGCAGGUUCAUUUCUUCCUGUUGGUUCGAUUGUCUCAAUUUUUUCGUCGCUUUUAGUUCUUUUAUAUAUUCUUCCCAUGUAUUUAUUUUCUCUGCACUUUCAAUUGUUUGACUGUAUGUUGGGCUACUUCUCUUUUUCGUGUUUCCAGUGGUUGAAUAAGUUUAAAUGCUGGCUUAUAUCUAAAUAUCAACUAAACAAAUAUCAGAAAUACUGAUGCUGGCUGAUGGAAAACCGUAUAAUUUUUUUUAUUAUUUUUGUCCAUUAUGUUUCUAAUACAUUCAUUAUUGUAUGUGGCAGCUGCUUUUGUAAUUUUCCUGUAUAUGUUGUAGCAUAAUUCCUUCGCUUAUUUGAUAUUUUAUUUGCAUUUUUGAAUUGUUGUUCGUUAUUAUUCUUAUAUUUCCUCCUUUUCCAUAUCGAUGCCUUUAUUCCUUUUAAGCGAUAUAUUGCCCUCCAGUUAUUGUUGUAUGAUGCUCCUCAGGAUCUUCUAUAACUUCAUUUUUCUGUUACGUUAAGUUGACGCUAUUAAUAAAUAGCCAUUUGUAUAGGUAUAAAACGUAAAUUAGUUAUCCGGAAAUAAUAUGUGAAACAUCAAAGUGUCUAGUACCUUGUUGAAGUAACUUUGAAUUGUUUAUUUUUAUUGUAAAUGUUUGAUAACUAUUAACUGUAAAAAGGAUUCAUUGUUUUUCCCUUAUUUUAAGUUAAAAAGAUAUUAUUGAUGUUGCGAAUAUUUGUAAGCGAAUUUUUAUUUAUAUUAGUUGUAUUAUAUUAUAUUGUAUUGCCAAAAGCAUAUAUUUAAAAAAAAUAAUCUUAAAUUACCAUUUUACUAUUAAACUUGUGUGUUCACGCAAUUAUGGAAUACUGUAGUUUCAGCUCAAUAUUUUUUAUAUAACUUAAAUUAUAUAUGGUAGUAAAAUAUUUACAUUGUGUUUUUGUAUUAUCCUCAAAGUAUUACGUUUGUUUAAUAAUAAAGAAUUGAUCU